UCCCUCAGAUCAUACCACUACGAGUGCCUCAGCCUGGAAAAGCUAACCAUGAAAUUGAUAACAAUACACUUUUGGAAAUGAAAUCAGAGACUGCAGACAGAGUGGCAUUGUGACAAAGGUGUUUCAGGUAGGCUAUGAACCACCGAAUGUAGUCUCUCCUGAAGACAAUGUUGAAAACGUUCUCAAAGAUUCUUCAAGGCAGGCAAGUAAUGAAACUAUCAUCCAUUCAGAUUGUCACUGUAUUUUGGUUCCUUCUUUCUCAGUGAGCAGAUCUUGCCUUUUAUUACCUUACCUCUGCUGAUAGUCAGAUCCUUAUAAUUGAAGUCAUUAUCAACCAUUGCAAAGCAUCUUCACUGAUUUCUCAGCCUUUCAUCAGUCUUCUAUCUACUCUGAAGAUGAGAAUACCUGCUGAGCACUGGGGUCCAUGCUCCAGUGUCUUCAGUGGCUCUCUCUUACCUACUGAAAAAACCAGAAACCUUUAGCCUUCCAUCCAAGUCAUCAGUUUCUGCCCUUGGUCGGCCUUUCCUGCUUUGUCUGUGAACCCCCUACAUAUACUCCAACGAAACUGAACUGUGUAUGCUAUGCCCUAUCACUGCUAUCCUGGCACCCAGGCCUUCUUUGAUAAACUGCUUUGCGCAUGUGAUUACUUUGUUCCUUGUUUAUCUUGCCUAUGCAUUAUAAGCUCCAAGGUGGUAUGAUUGCUAUACUCAUUGCCUUGCACAGGAGCAGGUAGGAGAGGGUGGUGAUUGUGUAGCUGUUGAAUAGAUGCAUUGGGUAAGUAGAAGUCCUCAGUGGGCACAGAAUUCUUUUAUGUUGAAAUCUUUAUUCCCAAAUAUCUGCAAAGCCUCCCCACUGUGAAGAGUCAAUUAGAUCCAUCUGAGAAGGAUGUGUGAAGCUUCAGGCACUGGGUGUGAGUAUCAAUGAGAAACAUUCAAGGAGCUAGGCCAGAGGAUGGGCUAGCCUACAGUAAGGCAGCCAACCCAGAGGUCUUGGUCACAGGGAUGUUGUUGAGAUUGACAGAGGAAGUUUAUAGGGGUUUCGCUUAAGCUUGACUAUGAACCUGAGGCUGGAGAGGAGGUUGUAGGACCAAAGCAUUGGAUGCAGGCAUGGGUGGGGCUCAAGUGUGAUCAAGGCAAGGAUCUACACUGGGCAGGGGCCGCCUGCGGGGGCUGAGCCCACAUAUAUCAGCAGGUGCUUAGGCUUGAAUCAGGUGUGAGGGACCAAGUCCAUGGAGAAAGUCCAGAGGGAAGAGUGUUUAAGGACUGUGUGUGCGCAGGUCGUGUACAGAAGUCUGAUUUUGGUCUGACCCUACCCUGCCUUUGCCACUCUGGACUUGGUGGUCCCUCUGUUGUUACCCAGACUCCUACAGUUGUAGCAUCCUGCCUGCAUGUGCUGCUCCCUGCCUCCUGCCUUGGCCGCUUCACCUGGUGAGGCCUACAUCCAGACGUGCUGCCAACUGAGCAGCCCAGCCCAGAUACAAAGCUGCAUGUUUCCAGAAUAAAGUGAAACAGGGAUUACUUCAUGAAAACAACCGUAAACUCUUUCAAAUAAGAAAUGCACACCAUGACCCUGUCUCUAUCGUGCAGCUUUAAUUCUCACAUGGGAAUAACCAAGUAAGUGAUACGCAAUCUCUUCAUUCCUAGGCAUUCAAAAAUGGAUUAGUUGGAUCAAAACUAAAGAAGAAAUAUCAGAACUCUGAAAAUCAACGCAGCUGGAAUGUUAACCUCAGAAAGUUUCCAGGUAUGUUGUGACAGAACAAAAACAAGGUUUUGUAUUCUGAACCCACCAGAGAGGUUCAUGGCAUGUUCAUUGCAUGUUUUCUUGUCUGGAGAAGUGUUGGAAUAAGAAACACUGGGGCAGGAAAGUAUGCUGUACUUCGAGUUUUUAUACUGUCCUUGCUAACAGCUUAAGAUCAUGAAGGAGGAUCAAGCAGUCCAACCAAGUCAGAUUUCUUGACCCAUCGCAGGGAGCCAUGGGGGCAUCUCACCAAACAGAGGAAACACUGGAGUUGUAGAGUUUGGGGGAAGAGUGGAGUUUGGGUGAAAUAUAAAUGAAAGCAGAGUUUUGAUAGGCUCAAAGCGAAGCUGGUCUGGGUGUGAAGGGAUCAGCAUCAGGUAUCGACUGGGAAGGGGACCCAGGGUUCUGUUGCCUUGGAAAUUACAAAGAUACAUGGGGAAUACUGUGUUCAGAAAUGAUUAUCUUUGCACCAGGGUUGGACAUGGAGGCUGCUUCUCUAUGGCAAAGUGGCCUAGAUUCCUCAGGCAAGAGUUAGAUGUUUCGUUCUUACUGAGAAUUUCAAACAGCGAAGUUUCUGAUAAUCUGUGAUUUUAGAGAACAGGGUUUCUCAGUGAGUAAGAAAGACUAGUCAUGCAAAGAGGGGGCUGUUAACGACAUUUUACAGCUGCAGUGUGUUCUUGGGAGAUAUAAUAUUUCCUGCUAACUUUGCAACUGGAUCUGUCUGUUUUCCAAGCCUGACGUGGACUAUUGUAGAGUGCAGCGGGGAAGACGAUCUUCUCAGUCUGGGCUUGUUUUUUCUUUCUCACUUCUAAUACAUUGAGUGUGUGGCGGGAGCUCUUUACAUAAUUAUUACUUCUAGGAAAGCAAUGUGGUCACAGUGGUUCUUUAUUAAAAGGUUUCCCACUGUGAAGACAUCUUUGCAUGAUUAUGUAUAAUUACAGAUGCUCAAAGAGUGAUGUUUCUAAUAUCAUUGUAGACCUCCAGGUAGGUGAAAGAACUGACCCUAAAACUUUGAAAGAUCUUCGCUUUUCAGAGAGUCCACUGGAAAUCCCAGCUCACAGUGGAGGAUCAGGUUCUAGACCACCCACCCGCCAGUCCCAGUCUCCCAGUUUUGCACACAUAAGUGGCCUGAAGUGUUUGACAAGCAUGGAGAUAAUGAGAAUUCAAAGGGAGACAGACUUUCUCAAGUGUGCCCACUGCCUAGCCCCCCGCCCAUCAGAUCCCUUUGCUCGCUUCUGUCAAGAAUGUGGCUCUCCUGUCCCACCCAUAUUUGGCUGUCGUCUCCCACCCCCGGAAGGAGCUCAGAUGGGCUUAUGUGCAGAAUGCAGAAGCUUGGUGCCCAUGAACACUCCUAUCUGUGUGGUGUGUGAGGCCCCUCUUGCUCUACAGCUGCAGCCACAGGCAAGCCUCCACUUGAAGGAGAAGGUAAUUUGCCGGGCCUGUGGUACAGGAAAUCCUGCUCACCUGAGAUACUGUGUCACCUGUGAGGGGGCCCUGCCUUCAUCACAAGAGUCGAUAUGCAGUGGGGAUAAAGCCAGUCCUCCGCCCACUCAGAAAGGGGGGACCAUCUCCUGCUCCAGAUGUGGUCAUUGGAAUCUCUGGGAGGCGUCCUUCUGCGGCUGGUGUGGAGCCAUGCUUGGCAUUCCUGCUGGCUGCUCUGUUUGCCCUAAAUGUGGGGCCAGCAAUCACCUGUCUGCCCGAUUCUGUGGCUCCUGUGGUAUUUGUGUGAAGUCCUUGGUGAAGCUUAGCUUGGACAGAAGCCUGGCUCUAGCUGCUCAGGAACCUCGCCCUUUUUCUGAGCCCCAAUGUGCCUGGCAGUCCCUGAAUAAUCCUUUGCCCAGAUCUGAUUCUGGGACUAAGAGGGACAUAGGCACACAGACUGUUGGCCUGUUCUACCCAUCCGGCAAGCUGCUAGCAAAAAAGGAACUGGAAAUAGCCUCUCAAAAGCAGAGGCAGGAGAAAAUGAGUGACCAUAAACCGCUCCUCACAGCCAUCAGCCCAGGAAGAGGGUACUGGAGAAGACAGCUGGAUCACAUCUCUGCUCACCUCAGGUGUUAUGCUCAGAACAACCCUGAAUUCCGGGCCUUGAUUGCAGAACCCAGGAUGGGAAAGCUUAUCUCUGCUACUGUCCACGAAGAUGGUUGUGAAGUUAGCAUCAGACUGAAUUAUAGUCAAGUCUCAAACAAGAACCUCUACCUGAACAAGGCGGUGAAUUUCAGCGACCACCUUCUGAGCAGUGCUGCCGAGGGUGAUGGGGGGCUGUGCGGCAGCAGGUCCAGCUGGGUGAGUGACUACAGCCAGAGCACCUCAGAUGCUAUUGAAAAAAUCAAAAGGAUAAGGAAUUUCAAGACCAAAGCUUUUCAAGAAAAGAAGGAGCAGCUUUUACCUGAAAACAGACUCCUGCUGAAGGAAGUCGGACCCACGGGGGAAGGAAGAGUCUCUGUGAUUGAACAGCUGCUGGAUGAGGGGGCAGACCCCAACUGCUGUGAUGAAGACAAUCGACCCGUCAUAACCGUGGCUGUUAUGAAUAAGCACCAUGAAGCGAUUCCGGUUCUCGUGCAGAGAGGAGCAGACAUCGACCAACAGUGGGGGCCGCUCAGAAAUACAGCUCUUCACGAAGCUACUCUGCUUGGCCUUGCAGGAAGAGAGAGCAUCGCCACUUUACUGGGAUGCAAUGCAAGCAUCCGAAAGAAGAAUGCAGGAGGCCAGACAGCGUACAACCUGGCUCUGAACACUGGAGAUGACCUCAUCACCUCACUCUUUGCUGCCAAGUUGGGCCAAGGACUCGAGGACCAACUCGCCCAAACUAGGAGCCUCAGACUGGAUGACUGUUAGACCUGAGGCCUCCCCGGGACUUCAUUUAAGAAUAUGUGCGGUGGCUGGCACGGUGGUUCAUGCCUGUAAUCCCAGUGCUUUGGGAGGCUGAGGCUGGCAGAUCACCUGAGAUCAGGAGUUCAAGAGUAGCCUGACCAACAUGGAGAAACCCCGUCUCUACUAAAAAUACGAAAUUAGUCAGGCAUGGUGGCACAUGCCUGUAAUGCCAGUUACUCGGGAGGCUGAGGCAGGAGAAUCACUUGAACAUGGGAGGUAGAGGUUGUGGUGAGCCAAGAGCGUGCCAUUGCACUCCAGCCUGGGCAACAAGAGCAAAACUCCGUCUCAAAAAAAAAAAAAAAAAGAAUAUGUGCAGCUCUGGCUAUUCUUUAAUCAUGUCUUUUUAAAAUGUGUAUUUGAGGUUGAGAGGAACUCAGGAGAUUUUUUAAAAAAAUCAUAUGACAGUAUAAGCCAUCAGUACUAAAUGGACAGCUCCCAGUAUACUGUGGGCUGUGAUAAACUGAAUGUAUGUUUUUUAAUGGUUUAUUGCUGCAGUUUUUUUAUGUAUUUGAUUUUUAGUUUUUGACUUAUUUUUCAAUAGGUAAUAAUUGCACAUGGUUCACAGCUAAAAGGUAUGAAGUAUUAUGUAGGGAUGUGUCCCUCCCAUCCUGUCCCACAGCCACCACCUCCCUCCUCAGCCACCAAUGACACCAGCGUCGACUUGCCUUUCCAGGGGUUGUGCAAAGUUAGAUAUGCACGUACAUGUGGUAUAAGCACAUGUACAUAAAAGUACACAUAGAAUGUAAACAUGUCUGUAGCACAUAUAUAUUCUUUCCCCUCUUCUAAAACAAACGGUAGCAAACCAGCCACACACUGUUCUGCAUCUUGUUCUUUUUGCCCGAUACGUCUUGUAGGUGGCCCCUAAUUAGUAUGUAAAGAUUGACCUUAUUUAAAUUUUUUUAUGUUGAAAUCAUCAAUAUUCCCAUCAUUAUGGUUUGUUCUUUGACUGACAAAUCAGCUCUCAAUAAACCGCUUUGCAGGAAUGUGUAA